CGCUCGCUCAGUCGGAACCAAACCAAUUCACAACCCAGUACCAGAUCGAGCUCGAACCCGACCCAACCACACCGCGACACAGAACCAUGGCCGCGGCCACACGCGCCGGCAGCGCCUCCCUCCGCCGCGCCCUCGCCGCCACCAGGCCGGCCCCGCCGCAGCAGCUCCGAUCCAUCCACGAGGGGCCCGACACCAUCGACGAGCUCCUCGACCGCCACCUCUCCAAGAAAUCCCCCUCCUCCUCCUCCUCCUCCUCCAUCCUCGACGACGACGCGCUGGAGGCCCAGGCGCGCCGGCGGCUGACGAGCUCGCGCCGGGAGGCGCUCGGGCUGUACCGGGACAUCCUCCGCGCCUCGCGGCUCUUCGAGUGGCCCGACGAGCGCGGGGUGCCGUGGCGCGAGACCCUGCGCGCCAACGCGCGGCGCGAGUUCGAGGAGGCCCGCGGCGAGCGCGACCCGGAGGUGGUGGCGCGGCUCCUCAUCGGCGGCCGCGACGCCGUCGACCAGGCCCUGGAGCGCGUCGCCCAGGCCUCGCGCCGCAUGGUCCAGGCCGAGGAGGCAAAGCGCCGCGGCGGGGCGUAGAUGCAGCCCGAGAUCCCCAAACAAUUUCUCUCGCUGUUGCUGCUGUUUGUCUUUGUUAAUUUUGUUGUAAGUUACUACUACUGUGAGAAGGUCUAUGUAUCUGUGAGAGUAAAUCUGUAAACGAACUGGCCUUACACUUGCGAAACAGUUCUUGCCAUUCCUA